GCCAAGCAUAUGAAAGAUGCGUUACAUAGCGGUACAUUUUCUUCCCUACAGUUAGGAAUUAUUUAUCACAGACUAAAAUCAUAUAAACGUAUAUGAUUAUUCUAUUGAAUGUAUCCAAUUCCUUUGGCUUCAUUUGAUACUCGUAUUAUGCAUUUCUAUAUACGAAUCAAUUAAAUUUCUAGUUCGAACAUCUUUAUAAAGAGUAAAGUAUAUGCAUACAUACAUAUAUAUUUACAUCUUAGUUCCACUUAUGGUUACUUCUAUAUCUGCUGAAGAAUUUCAACGUUUUCAAUCUCAAUUACUUGAUUUACGUGAAGCACAAAUUAUAGCUAAUGAUGCAAAAUUACGUGCAGAGAAACGUAUUAAACAAUUAGAAGAAGAAUUAAUUUAUACACAAUCAACAUUAACUAAUAAUCAAAUUAUAUUUUCUAAUCAUAAUUCACAAUUAGAAGAAUUAAAACAAGAAAAUAAAUUAUUACGUGAUAAAUUAUUUAAUACUGAAUCAUCAUUUCAAUUACAAUCAUCUACAUUAAAAGCUGAAUGUUAUCGUUUAACAAAUGAAUUAGAUAAAUUAUCACAACAAUUAUCAUCUAAUCAUACAGAUACUACUAAUAGUAGUAGUAGUAGUAGUAGUCGACAAGAUAAUUUUUGUCAAACAAUUAUCAUUACUUUACAAGAUAAAUCAAUUCAAACUAAUAAUCAUAAUGCAAAUUUUGAAUUGAAUCAAAUUCCCGCAUUUCUAAUUCAUGAUAUAGAAACACUUACAAAUUCAUUAAAACAAGCUAAUCUCACUCAUGAUAAAUUAAAACAAACCAUUGAACACUUGAAUAAUAAAAUUGAUACCAUUGAAAAUAAAUUAUUAUUAGAUUUAUUAAAUAAUCAACAAAUAAUUAAAAAAUUAACUAAAGAAAAUAAAUCCUUUACCAUAGAAUUAAAUCAAUCUCAAGAGAAAUGUAAUCAAUUUCAUAUUCUUGAAAGUGAAUUACGUAAUCAAAUUGAUGUAAUCAAACGUCGUAGUGAAAAAUUAAAUCAUGAAUUAAGACGUCAAUUAAGUCGAUUUAUACGUAAUCAAAAUGGUGAUAUGGAAACAUCUAUACAAAUAAGAAAAAAUUCAUUACAUUCAUCUUCAUCAUCAUUAUGUUCUAGUAAUAAUAAUAUAAAUCAUACAAUUUUAGGAACAUCAACAUCUGAUGAUAUUAUGAAUGAUUCAAUAAUGAAUAAUAAGUCAUCCAAUGUAUCUAUGCCAAAAAAUACUAAUUUUCAUGAAAUGCCUCCAGGAUUUUUUUCAACAGCUGAUUUUAAAGCUAUAAUCGAUCGAAUGUCAGAAGUUCAAGAAGAAAAUUGUACUCUUCGAAGAUGUAAAAAACGUUUGGAAGCAGAUUUAAUGGCUAAAAGCAAAGUUAUACAAAAGGGAUUAGAUAAUUAUCUUCAAUCUCCAUUAAUUUAUCAUGGUAACAAUGACACUGUCACUGCUACUACGACUACUACUACUACUUCAAUACCAACUUCAGCAGUAUCCUCAAGUCAAUAUCGAUCAGUUCCGUCAAGUAUUUCACCGUAUACGUCUGCAACUACUCCAUCUUCUUCUCUCAUCAUCAUCAUCAAAUUUCCCCAAUUCAACGACAUGGUUCCCAUUCUUGAAAAAUCUCACUUCACCAUCGGACUCAUCAACACUGACAUCAGCGUCAACAUCAUUAUCCAGUGUGAAUUUACAAACAGUUAAUCGAUUAAAAUUCAUGUGUGAACAAUUAAUGACAGAGAAUAUUGAAUUAAAAGAGAAAUUACAAAGUAUAGCAUAAUCAAUUUUGUCCUUAUCCCGACAGAUAAAUAAGAUUGUGUAUGUAUGUAGGUGUGUGUGUGUGUGCUUGUAUGUAUAGAUAUGUGGGUUUUUUCCAACCUACUAUUUAUAUCAUUUUUAUUGAAGAAACUUUUAUUCCAUUCCAGUGUUGUUGUUAAUGUUAUUGUUGUGUGUGUGUGUGUGCGUUUUAAUUUACUUUUCGGUGCUGUUGAAUUUUGAGUGUAUUUCUUUUCUCUCUUUUACUUUCUUGUUGCUCAGAUCUCAUCAUUGGUUUAUUGUUUCUAUAAAUGAAAAACACAGAUUAUUUACUUACUUAUUAUUUACUUACCUAUGUAAUCUGAUUUCUGUUCCCUUUUCAUUUUUUUGAAUAGAAAAAAAUAAUAAAAUAAUAUAUAUGUGUGUGUGUAUGUUUGUAUCUUGGUUUCUUGACAAAGAAGAGCCCAGUGUUUAGAUAAUUUGUACAGAAUUUUUAAAAGUAGUAUGCACUGUUUUUCUUUAUUUUAAUUUGAGAUUAUUAUUUUAUGUUUGUGUCUCGGUGAUACAUACAUACUCACACAAACGUGUACGUAUAUACAUUAGAUAUAAUGUACACACACUUACAUUGAAUCUACAUUACGCACGAAUUCACUUUUAUACAUACAUUCAAGUACACUUUCACACAGACAUACAUACCAAAUACAAAUAUACCGACAUAUUUAUACAACAUUACAUGCAUAUGUAUACAAAUAAUAGAAAAUCGUUUUUCUAGAACAAGAAACACUCAAAGUACCCUUUCUUCAUCAAGGUUUCUUAUUAUACUUUCAUUAUUAUUACUACUACUACUACUACUACCAUUAUUAUUGUUAUUAUUAUCAGUAAUACUUCACUAAGCUUUAUUUAUUGCACAAAUAUUUUCACCUUUUAAGAAAAUUUAUUUCUUAUUCUUGUAAAUGACAUUGAUGUUUGUGUAAUGGUAGGUUAUUUUAUGGUGAUUUUUAUUGUUGUUGUUGUUGAAGGAGGAGGAGGAGGAAUUAUUCGGCAAACAGUGUCAAAUUGUAUACAUUUUUACAGAGACAAAUAAUGUUGACAUUUCAAUAUAAUUGAAUAUUGAGCAUUUGAUUGAUCUUUAGAUAGUACUUGUACCCUAGCUUACACUAACAAUUCUAGCUAGCUAUAUUGGUUAUAUAUAUAUAUAUAUAUAUAU